AUGGCGAUGCCUGGCCAGCACAUGACAGGCGCUCCUUCCAACAUCUCGGCUGGCGUAGAUCCCGCUUUCUGGGGCGGCCACCAGGACUUCCAGUCAUCGGACUCCACAUCGCCAUUAUCGCCCUCACUAGGGCUCCAUCUGUCGCCAACGGCAAGCAUCACCACCCGGAGCAGCAUCAGUGGAAGCACUCCGCCGGCGCAAACUCCCCAAUCCGACGGCGGUAGCAAAAGAACGGGCGGGAAGAACAGUCAGAAGCAGUCGCCUAACGACCAAACCAGAGCAUCGGUUGCUGUCGCAUGCGUCCCAUGUCGCAGUAGACAUUUGAAAUGCGACGGCGGUGUACGAUGUUCCCGAUGUAGGACCGACAACGUGGAAUGCACCUACAUCAAGUCGCGAAGAGGCUGGAAGGGAAAGCGGAAAACCAAGGAGGACAACGCGUCGACGACUCCAAAUGGUGAAGCCCCAGUCAGCAAUGGCCACAUCUCAUCACCUGAGUAUUCCUAUAAUGGCGAUGCUGGCUUGAACCAGCUCAGCCCAACUCACGGUCUUGGCGUCCGACCUGUGGCCCCACCAGUUGCUCAGCUCAACCUAAAUGGAUCCGCACGUCUGAAUCGCUUUGGUCAUCUGGGACCGGAGACUGCUGUUCAAGCAUUCUACCACUUCUUCUACAACUCACAUCCCUUCUGUCUCCCGGAGCCCAGGUUACUAGAACUCUUCAAAGAACGACAUGCCCCGCUUCUGGAAUAUGCCGUCCAAUACAUCGGAUCUAGUUACAUACCUGCUGUACCUACGGCCAUGUUUAAAGAAGCUCUAGAUCGACAGAUCGACAGCAAUAACUACCCGAGAGAUGCGUGGUCGGUACAAGCACUACUGGUCUUUGCUAUCGGUCUCCAUGCCCAUAACGAGGUUCCACGAGCAGCACAGAUCUUCACCAUAGCUCAAAACCUCACCCUGGAAAUUGGCCUUAACCGGAUGGAGUUUGCGUUGGUGCACGGAGAAAACGACCCACAGCUUGAAGAAAGUUGGCGGAGAACAUGGUGGUCCAUGUUCACAGCCAACGGCAUGAUGACAGCCGUCAACCCAGGCGUGCAAUUCAGACUGAAAGACGUAGUAACCGACGUCCCGCUACCAUGCGAGCAAGACCAGUACCUUUCAGGUCAAAUACCCUACCCGCCUACUCUCCAAGAUUACGACGACUCGUCCUUCCUCCCCACCGCCUUCACCUUUUCCUCCUUCACCUACCUAAUAGACGCCAUCCGCAUCCUGGGAAAAGUUUUCGAAACCGCGCGUCUCGACAGCACCUUUGAAUACCAUGCCGUUGACGUCGUCGAUCAAUACCUCUGCAACUGGCGCUUACACCUCCCCACCUCCAAAAUGGAACUCAUAUCCAACGACGGCGUAAUCGACGAAGUCCUGUUCCAAGCGCACAUGGUGAAUGCCGGGUCGACAAUCAUGUUGCAUCGACCGAGAUCAAAUCUGGGUUUCGGAAGGGUCGAAGGAGUGAAUAUUUGUGUGCAGCCCGGUCAGGUGUUACUUCCUACGCAGACACGGGAAAUCCACACGGCGAAAUGCCUCACCUCUGCUGAGAACAUCAGCUCUUUGAUCCGUCUACCCGGGAACCUCCUCUACCAUACACCCUUCUUCACCUGCGUCGUAGUAAUGGCGUCGGUAGUCCACCUCUCAUACUGGUCCUUUCUCGUUCCCGACGGCCAGGACGACAUUAUCAAACAGUCGAUACGACUCGAUGUGGGGACUUUGCAGCAGUAUAGCAACACGUGGCCGAUUGCUAAUGUGGUGCUCGGACAGGUGAGGGGCGUGGCGCAUACGUUGUUUAAUAGUAAGAAGGCGAUGAGCAUACAUCUUUGGAGUAAUUUACACCAGGGAGAUGUGAUUAGGGGGGUUAUUGAGGAUGGGGAGAGAGUGCCGACGCAGCAGUAUGCCCAGUUGAUUGCGCCGAUGUUGAAGUCGUAG